AUGUCUUCAACAACGAAAGGUGCAGCAACGAUAACCGCAGUUCCAUCCACAGAGAAAUCAGGCCCAAAGCUAGCAUCUCGCUUCGCAGAUGAAAGCUACAAGCUUCUCUCAAAAGUUGAUGUCCCCGAACCCACCCCAGCGGAAGCAAAACGUCUUCGUAACAAAUGCAUCAAAUGGAUCUUCCCAUUCCUCUGCGUGGGGUACCACUUGAUGUUCCUUGACAAACAGACGCUUGGAAGUUCAGCAAUCUUGGGAGUCAUGAAAGAUGCCAAUCUCACGGCCAAAGAAUACAACUGGCUCUCCUCAAUCUUCUACCUAGGAUAUCUCCUCGCAGAAUGGCCUCAAAAUUGGGCUCUGCAGCGAUUUCCAGUUGCGAAAUGGUUGGGUUUGAACAUUGUCAUUUGGGGAGGCAUUUUACUCCUACAUAUUCCAUGCAAGAGCUUUGCUGGAUUGUUCGUUGUGCGUUUCUUGCUCGGUGUAGCGGAGGCUUGUAUUGUGCCGGCGUUUCUACUACUGCUGAGCAUGUUCUUCACAUAUGACGAACAAUCCGUGUUGAUGUCGUGCAUGUGGGCAGUUGGUAACUCCAGCCCCAUCACAAGUGGACUGCUGUCAUAUGGAGUGUUGUGGAUCGACACGGGCGCGUUCAAUCCCUGGAAAUGGCUAAUGGUCAUCACCGGAGCGUUGACAGUCCUCUUUGGCGCUGCGGUCUGGUUCUGGCUUCCCGACAGUCCAUUGAGUGCCCACUUCCUUUCCCUGGAAGAGAAAGCACAGGCUGUGCUUCGAAUCAAGAGCAACCAUUCUGGUAUCGAACAAAAGUUCUUCAAGCGAAGUCAGUUCAUCGAAGCGAUGAAGGAUUCUAAAACCUGGAUGUUCUUCAUCCACGCCUGGUCGCAGGAAAUGGCAAACGGCGUGACGAAUCAAUACUCUCUCAUCAUCAAAUCCUUCGGCUUCACCACUCUCCAGACGACGUUACUCGGAUGUGUUACUGGCGUCGCCAAUUUCGUAUCUUUAGCAACGGCGGCCAUCAUCCUGGCCAAGACGACAAACUGCCGUGCGUGGCUAUCAGUAGGCGCAUACAUCCCUCCAAUCGUUUCCUGUAUCCUCCUCAUCGCCCUUCCAUGGUCCAAUCGGUGGGGUCUACUGACUGCGAUCUGGAUCCGUGCAACCAAUGGCAUACCCUAUAGUGUUGUAAUGAUUUGGGCAGCCAAUUGCUCUGCUGGGCAUACCAAGAAGACGACCGUCAUUGCGCUCUAUCACGUCGGUUAUGGAUUGGGAAACAUCCUUUCGCCACAACUAUUCCAACCGCAGUACAAACCGAGGUAUAUUGUCACGUGGUCUGUGAUUCUUGGACUGGCAUGCAUCUUUCCCAUGCUGUUGGUAAUAUUCCUGAGGUGGUACCUAUCCAAGGAGAAUGCUCGCAGGGAUGUGUUGAAGGCGCAAGGCUUGGUGGCUGAAGUUGGGGUCGUGCAGCACCACACCGAAGGCAGCACAUCCGAGGAGGUUGUCRAUUCGCGCAUGCUCGAUCUGACAGAUCGCGAGAAUCUCGCCUUGUGA